AUGAUGAGGUUUUGGCAUGGUAGUUUUUGGAGCAUAAGCAGUCCGUCAGGGAGACAGACCAUUAUAGAUUUUAGAUCCCGGAAAGACAUAAGUAGUUCACUUUAUAACAGUAAGGAUUAUCCUUCAUUAGGUUUGGAAGAUUUCGAUGGUUGGGUUCAGUUGCCUUGGAAAGGCCAUGGAUUGCGCGGGAUGAUAGUGGUACUUCCAAGAUGGCGAGUGUCGGUGGCGGUGGGUAACACCAAUUGGUCCAGGGCAGGUAGGAGGAAAGCUGGGGAUGUUUCAAUCAAACAUGUUGCAACUUAUGAAUCAAAAGGAAAAGGAAAAGGUGUUCAAGUGGAUCUUAUUAAAGAAAAGAAAAGCAUACUUCAAGAGCUUGAAAUUAAAAGAAUGAAGCAGCUUAACACCAAUAUGAGAGUGAGAUUAAAUGAUCCACCUUGUCUUAAAAAAGGUGAUCCAAACAAAGUAUGGUGUUUUGAAACCACUGAGAACAUAACUUAUGGUGAAGUUGAUGCGUUUGAAAAAAGACCACAGAAAAUCUAUGCCAUCGAGGACUAA